AUGAACUAUGCCAUUCGCUCCGGAAUCGCUAUAACGGCUAAAUAUGCCAUUCGUCAGUCGUCGCGACUGCUUAAAAAUGUUGAGAAUGCCGAAGAACGCGAAGAGCUGCUUGUACUACAACAGCGGCUAGAAAGCAAGAUUCAGGUUAUUUCACCUGCUAUUGACAUGAUUGAGCUGAUUGCCGCACGAGGAAACACAUCUCUUGAGUCCGCAGUUUCUCUCACAAAAUCUUUACGGUGGGAUAUUCAGGCCUUGGGCCAGCGAUUGGCGAAUGCUGCUGCGUCCGAAGAAAUAGCUCGAAAGGGGGGACAGUCCUCAAUAAGUCGCUCUCAAAUUGAUGACGAGAUCAAGUCCAUCAUAAAGGACAUCAGGAGGCUUUUAGUGCGAAUCGAGGAUGCAGUGCCGCUUAUGAACCUUGCCAUCACUACCUCCGGCGCCAAAUUAUCAACUAACCUCCCAGCGACCAUAUCACCAUCCCGGCUGCUGCAGGCCAGUACAUUUCUUACCGCAGGCGACACCCAGUACUCAAUGUCCCCGUCACAAGCGGUCCAGAUAGGCCCUACUUUUACUCUAUCAAUGUACAUGCUUUUCGCCAGUCAUCUCCGGUCCCACGAUGACGAAGGCAUUCGUGAAACGACGUGGAAGGAGGUCAUGCAUAAAGCACGUUUGAAGCUUCGACGUGUGCCGAUGGACCUUGCUGUCAAUUCCCAAACACAGCUACCGCGCACGCAAAUCGCUGCUGAAGCAAGGGUAGAUGAGUAUGCUUACCAACUCUUAAUUAUAGAGGAUUUAGAUGAUGGAAGAGUCCAUACUUUUGAAGAAGAUGAGCCUCAACCUCAGACUUUUGAAGGUGUCGUUUCCGCUGGCCUGCGCGAGAUUCUUCCGAUACACCAGAUCUCGAAGAUCUUCUAUGCCGAUACUGGUAAAAUUUUGAAUAUCAGCCCCGAUGGCGAGGUUAACAAUCCGGUAAUACUCCUGAAGAGAGAUAUCAAUGCUAUACCUCCACGGCGCAUGGUGGAAAGGGAGGAAGCAUUCGAUUAUUCAAACGAGGACUCGGAUCAAGACGAGGAGGAAGUAGAUGAGGUUCAGGCACAGCUGGACGCCCAGUUAAAUGGGGCGGGCGCUCCGUCCACUUACCCCAACUUUCAUGAGAGCUCAAUACCGGAAGAAUGGCGCCUUCCCAAAGACCUUGACCCUGAGUGGAUCGCGUUUGAGGUUUAUAAUGAAGAUGACGAAUCAGACUCAGAAUCCGAUGACGAGAACCUCAGACCCUCAGCUAAGGGGGAUUCCAUAGAUCCAGAGCUGAUGGCGAAACUCUCCCUUGAUUCAGAUGCAACACCAUCCCGACAAGGAGCCUUGGGAGAGUCGCCUUCUCAACAUAUGGCUACAACUACAGUCACAAACCCUCAUUUCAAUAAUAUUCGUACUUCUCUGUCCCUCCUAGAGACGCUCCUCCGCCUCACGUCACUGCAACAAUUUCAGCAGCAGUCCCAUUUAUCCAUUAGCGAUGAACUCCUGAACUUCUUCUUGGAGGAGUCUUCAACUACUGGAGCUGGUGGGGACGAGCAACAUCGCCAGCGUCUUCGUGCUGAUGCACGCCGCAGAGUCGGAUGGGAUCCCUACGAUGAAAGUCCUAUGAAGAGACGAGGUGAAGAUUAUCAGUAUGGCUGGGUCCCUGAAGGCACACCAUCAGCAUACCCGCGUGAAAGCAGCGAAUUUCCCUAUUCUCCUAGCGACAGGCUCCGAGGCUUCCAGCUACGUUCCCGAGAGAAUACACCGGAAACACCUCCGCGAUCUCGCCGUAAUACCCCCAGACAACCCGACAUGAGACAGCACAGUACCCUACGCAGCACGCCUGCUUAUAUGGAUAAGGGCUCACGGAAAAACUCUCCGCUUCCUAAUCGGUCUACAUCUGCAUCUGGUGAUGAUUCGGAGCGUGCUGGACAUGAAUCAAGCGAGGAAAAACCAUGA